AUGUCAAAAUUUCGCCACACUAUCGUCGGAAUAGAAUAUGUCAAACACAUCAAUUCGUCCGAUACCUACGCUGGCGAACGUUUUGACGGCUUGGAAUCGCGCAAUCCUAUGCGCAAUGACCCGUCGGUGGAAGCACAGAAAGAUUUUGAGCAGUCACCGGACAGAUAUUCAGAACGCUGCAGCUCUUGCCGCACCCAACGCAGCUUCACAAGCAUUGGCAUACAGACAGAAGAUAUCACAGAUGAGCUCUACCUAACAAAUGCCUUAAAAAAAUGCAGUUUUGAUGGUGAUUCUAUGCUGGAUGAGCACCCCAAUAAAUAUGACAACAAUUACAGACGGUCCUCCAAUCGUUACGAUAAUAACGAAAACGAGCAUCUUCAGCCCAGUCGGUUCAACAUGAAUGAGUUGAACGCAAUGAUACCCUUACCCGACGUUGAUCUGAGAACUGAAGUUGCUUCGGAUGAAGAGGCUCCGCUUAGUGCCCGCAGCCGCUUUACAGUGGCCACAAUGGCAUCAAAUGCUAGCACCACGUCCAUAACAUCGAAGCGCCGCGAGCACAAGCUGGGAUCACGCGACGAAUUGCGUCUUCCGCGCUACCUGGAGAAGGAAAAGCGCGAAAAGGCCGCAGCCAAGGAGCUUGCCGAUGCACGGGAUCCGGACUGUCCACGCGGACAUACUCUGCUCUCGGAGGAGGAUCGUGUUGGCCACUUGAACAGCGCAAAGAAGCGCUAUGAUGGUCCAAUCAGUGAGCUUAAUCACAUGCCCAUGACCGCCCAGACUCUUCGGGUGCGCAACCGCAAGGCGGAAAUCGACAAGGAGCUGGGUAUCGUAGAUGAGGAGAUACGCGUCUACUCCAAGCCCAAGGUAUACAUCUGCUCUAGCAAAUAUCAGUAGCUGUGAUGGCUGUACUCGCAACAUCCCAAAGAAGUCUUUGCAUCAAAUGAUUGUUAGUUCUACGAUCUCCCUAAAAACUAUCUACUAUGACCUCCGCCGUACAUGUGCCUUAAGGAGUCUUUAUGAAUGCAUGAAUCUAGUCUUGUGUUAACUAUAUUUAAGAAUAGUUUCCACGUCAUCAAUGGAGCCAGUCUUAUGAAUGCAACCAAGUGAAGACUCCAGUAAACACAACAGAAUUUCUUCAUUAAACAGUA